ACUUUGUCCAUAACUCCUAGCAUAUCACAUAUGUAUACAGAAGUUCAAAGGCAUCCUAAAAAUCCAUAUGAGAAGUUAAAAGGUCAGUCAGAUUCAGAUCACAAUACUGAUGAAUAUGAUGAUCCGGAUAAAUUUCGAAGAAACAGAAAACAAUGGCCAAAUUUUCAGUCUGAUUUAUAUGAACCACCUCCAGUUCCAGAAAAGCAAAAUAUUUAUGAUGAUGAUUUGGCAUCUAUUCCUGAAAUAUCUCAUAAUCAAGAACAAAAUGAAGAUUUAUCAAAUACAAUAGCUGGCCAAGCAGUUGCUGGAAAUGUUGCUUCUGCUGAAAUACCUUAUAUGACUCCACCUGUAUCUCAGUCUAUUAUUAUUCUGAUAGUAACAUCUCAAGAAGAAAAUAAUUUUCAAGGUUCAAAUAAUUUUCAUCUUGCAUAAACAAAUAUAUGUAUUUAGAAAAUUUUUCAUAAAAUAACAUUUAUUUCUAUCCAUAUUUGGAGGUUGUCACAAUUAUAGUCUUGCAUAUAUAUAUUAUUACAUAAUGUAGUAAGAAAGUAUAUAUUUUUUUAUUUUUUGGGGUCUCCAGAACAAAUUAAUCAAAUUCACAUAAAAACCUAUGGUAAAUCGAUAAUUGGUUAACAAA